CCUAACAGGGAAAAAAAGAUGGCGGCGUCCAGAUAUCGAAAAUUCCUUCGGCUGAUCGAAGAGUGGCCAGUUGAUUCCAGCAAGAGGGGUCGUGACCUAGCGACACAUAUUAGGCAACGUGUGGCCAAGGAGUUUUCUCGUGGGGAAAAUACUACAAUCAACGAAAAAACCUGUGACAGGAAAUAUGAAGCUUUGAUGCGAAUUCAUAAAGACUUCUACCGGCAGAAGUACCCAAGAAUGCACGACACGUCCGCUACUGGUUCCAGCGCCGAAGACUGCCACCGAGUAAUGGCUACUGAUACAAUUGAGGAGAUGAACGAAUUGAACAAAAGCAUCUGGACGAGGUUCAAAGAGUCAAUUAGUGGCAACAAAGAAGGUGCCAGUUAACAGUCCCAGAACUCAUGAUGUUAGAGUUUCACCUGUUCAGGAAGGAAAUUAGUCCAGCUUGUAUUGAAUGUAGUUUAACAAGACCAUGCUAGGGGUAUGACUCUUGAGGAGACUGAAAAAAAGCACACAGAAAACACCGAUGUUUGCUGAUCAAAUGACAUAAGAGAGGGGUUAAUCCAACUUAUUGUAUGUAAGACGGUUGAAAACUAUCACAUAACGUCAAUUUAGCCCUGCUUGGCCCAUCCCCUUUAAUUGGGCAGUGUACCUAUCAAAGUUAUACUUUUCUUGGCAUCGCUUAAGCUUUAUCCACCCUCAGACCCUUCAAAAUCCAUGCCAGGAUUUUGAAAGACUUUGUUGGAUUGUGGAUGGUAGAGCCCAUCCUCUGUUGCUUUAGAUGGGAUGAAUACAGGGGUUUUGAAAACCCAGAAAUGUGCUACUGUUUCCUACACAAUGGAGGAUUCUGGAUGAUUCUGGAAGGUUGCUAAACAAGAUUGCUGUGGGAGUUAGAUUAAAAAGGAUUGAUUGUUGAAUAGUGAGCACCAUCUGUGGUCAAUAGGGAAAACUACGCAUGUACAGGGUAACACACAGCUGUGCGUACAUGGAUUCUUACAAAUGGGUCAUUAGGAAGACAUUUUGUGGUACAUUUUUCGACCUUAGGGAGACAUCGGUCAUUAGAGAGACAUUUCAAUGUCUCCUUAAUGCUCCAACUAUCAGAAGGAGGCCGAAUUUUACCGUCCAAAUUUUGGGAGAUGAUAGAUUGGGGUCUACAUUGAAAACAAACAAGGUUUUGUUAAGAUCACAUUAGGGAAUAUUUAAUUAUGGGACAGUAAAGUUUGUGCACGUUCCUAUGGGAAUGUCUCCCAAGUGACCCAUUUUCGGUAAUAAGAAUUAUAAUACAUCACAAACAAGGUGUAUGUGGUUCUUGAAAGCAGUUUGCUCAUAUGUAAUCGUUUUCAGAGUCCUUUUGCGAUGUGAUAAAGUAAAUCCACAAACUGUAGAUCACGAUGAGACCUGAGUUUACAGAGUUGGUGUAGCUUGGAAGUAUUGCCCAACAGAUUCACUCACUGAGCUGCAUUAGUAGCUUCGGGUGUUUCCAAAAUCUCGGCUGUGUCUCUGACUGGGCCUCUCUACUCCAGGUUCACAGGCUUAACCCAAAAAUUCAUACCGUCCAGAUCGCACUCAGUCUCUCUUUCUUUUUGAUACAUGGGUUCUUAACUACACCACGUGAGCCCAAAGUUUUGAUUCGAGUGUUUUCAUUUCGUACCAUCGGCAUAGACACUUGAAAGAACAGUAUUUCGGGAGUCGAUGUGAAGCCGGACUGUAGAGGAAUCCGCAAUUUGAACAAUUUCUUGGCUGCAAGCUGUGGCUUUCCUUUGAGACUUCGGUUCUGACUUCAGCGAAUUCUAACUGAUUGGAUUUGUAUCCUAUCAGUGCUCAGGAAGCGUUGAAGAUUAUCUGUACAGUAUAAUGAUUUCUGCCUGAUUUGUAAACUGAAAUAAUGUUUACCGGAAUAAAAAAACAGAGGUUAUUAGAAACUGACUGUCAAGUUA